AAUGCUUGCAGAGAAUCCAGCGAAGCACAGUGGGAAGUUUUUAAUGAUCAUGUGUUAUGAGCAGUAAUAAUAAUAUUAAUUUGAGUUUCAUCAAGAUGAUUUGGAAUUUCAAGAAUUUCUUCGUCCUAUAUAUUAAGGGGACAUUGAUGGUUCAUACUCAAUCAGCCAAAUUCUUUUAAACCAUUGUUGUUCUUAUCUGCUGCAAUUUGAGAGAUAGCAUGGAAAUCCAAAUCAUUUCUAGAGAAACCAUCAAGCCAUCUUCUCCAACGCCUGACCAUUUAAGAGACUAUAAGCUUUCUGUUCUUGAUCAGCUAUGUCCUGAAGUUCACUUCCCGAUCAUUCUCUUUUACUCUUCUGCAGGCAAAGAUACCACUAAAACUUCUCUCCACCUGAAAAACUCCCUCUCGGAAAUACUCACCCACUAUUACCCUUUAGCAGGACGUGUGAAAGAUGAUUACACUGUCGACUGUAACGAUAAAGGUGCCCUCUUCAUUGAAGCCAAUGUCAGUAGCCAGAUGUCUGACAUUCUUAAACGACCGGAGAAGGAUGUGAUCGUGCAACUGCUGCCAUACAAAGUGCAUGAAAAGAUAAUUGGUGAUCCCGUCAACCUGAGCGUGCAGGUGAAUUACUUUGCUUGCGGCGGUGUUGCGAUUGCAGUAGGGUUUAACCACCGGAUUGCUGAUGCAACAGCUGCAGCAAACUUUGUUAAAAACUGGGCUAAGGUAGCUAAUCCAAGUAUCAAUGAGGAAAUAAAAAAUGUGAUAUUUGAUUGCACUUCUUUCUUCCCUCCGCAAGAUUUGGUAGAAUUGAGGAAGAGUAGUCUUUUCCAAGGUCAAUAUGCAUCGACGGACCCAAACGCUAUAUCAAAGAGGUUUACAUUUGAAGCUACUAAGAUCGCUGCUCUGAAAGAAGAAAUUGGUAAAAUUGCAGACUCAGUGGAUCUUCCAACACGUUUCGAGGCAGUGUCGGCUGUUAUGAUGAAUGCUAUAACAGCAAUGGAUAAAGAUCCAACUCAUUUUGUGGGAUUAAUUCCAGUGAAUCUCCGAAACAGAAUGAAGCCAGAAAUACCGGGGGAUUGUAUGGGGUGUGUGAGUCAAAUGACGAUGACAAGCUGGUCGAACAUGGAGACAGGAGUUGGGAGUAACAGUAUAGCGGGAGAUCUUCACGAAGCUAUAAAGAUGCUGGAUGAUAAUUUUGUGAGAGAGUUUCAUGCAUCAGGAGGGUACAUGAAUUUCGUGAACAGUUUACCAGUUGAUGAAAUGGUGAGCAAAAAGAUUAAAAUGAAGUCCUUUGUGAUAACUUCAUGGUGCAGACUUCCAUGGUAUGAAACAGAUUUUGGGCUGGGAAAGCCAUUGUGGAUGUGGGUAACCUCAGCGGCAAGGAAUGAAAAUAUUGCCAUUCUCAUUGACAAUAUCAAUGGCAAUGGAAUCGAUGCCUGGGUUGGCUUGUCAAAGGAAGAAAUGGUCAAAUUUGAACAGGAUCCGAUGAUCAAGAAAUACGCUUCUUUCGAAACAGGCAUAUGAGUUAGUCUUUGGGACAUGAUAUUGUGUUUG